CAAAAUGGCUGCUGUGAGUUUUUUUCAUUGAAGGCACUGGAACAUUUAUUCCGCUUCUUGCUUUGGAUUUUCUACCUGUGGUGAUGCAACUCGAUUGGGCUUGAAUGGUGUGUUUGUGGAGGUGACAGUGCUGGUGUAACACAACAUCGCCUCCUGUCACACAGCAACCACGAUGCAACAAGCCCUAGAAUAUGCAUUGGAUCGGGCUGAGUACAUUGUUGAAAGUGCUCGUCAGCGACCAGGAAAGAGACGAGUGUCCUCGAGUGGAAGGAAAUCCUUAUAUCAGAAACUUUAUGAAUUGUACAUUGAAGAGUGUGAAAAAGAACCAGAGUUGAAGAAACUGAGAAGAAAUGUGAAUCUACUAGAGAAGCUGGUCUCACAGGAGUCAGUUUCAUGUCUGGUGGUCAACCUGUACCCUGGCAAUGAAGGAUAUUCGCUUAUGCUUAGAGGAAAAAAUGGAUCUGAUUCAGAAACAAUCCGACUUCGCUAUGAAGAAGGAGAGUUACUGGAGUACCUGGAUGCUGAGGAGCUGCCGCCCAUCCUUGUAGACCUUCUAGAAAAAUCACAGGUGAACAUAUUCCACUGUGGCUGUGUCAUAGCCGAGGUCAGGGACUACCGACAGUCUGGAAACGCAAAGAUGCCCACCUACCAGAGCCGGCACAUCCUGCUGAGACCCACUAUGCAGACCCUGAUCUGUGACGUUCAUGCUAUGACAAGUGAUCACCACAAGUGGACGCAGGAUGAUAAACUUCAGCUGGAGAGUCAGUUGAUUCUGGCUACAGCAGAGCCUCUGUGUCUGGACCCUUCCAUCUCUGUCAGCUGCACCACCAACCGUCUGCUCUACAACAAACAGAAGAUGAACACACGAUCCAUGAAACGGUGUUUUAGGAGGCAUUCACGAGCAGCUCUGAACAGACAGCAGGAGAUGAUGAGCCACUGCCCCGCACUGCCACAGCUCCGACUCCUGGACUACCUGCAGAGGAGGAAAGAGAGGAAACCUGCUCCCUCCAUAGACCUUAAGAUCUCCAAAGCUGGGAAUUGUGUGGACAUGUGGAAACAGAACAGUUGUCAGCUGACCGUCCCAGCAGAAAUUGAUGUGGAGAAAUAUGCAGUGGUUGAAAACUCAGUCAAAAUAGAUGACACUCAGCCCACUGUUUGGCCUGCACAGGACGUGAGGGACGACUACAUUUUCGAGUGCGAGAUGGGAGGCCAGCCUCAAAGAACAAAAGUCACUAUCUUCCAGACUAUGGGUGACCCGCUGGUGUACGGGAAAAUCUACAGCGCCAAAGACUCCAAAUCAGAGGAGGACGUCACAGACCUGCACCUCAUUCACCCACCAUUCCUCAUAGGUUCAAAGACAGACGCUGAUCGGUUUGUAACGCAGUAUAAAGAGGUGUAUGAACGGGAUGUGAAGUGUCAGGUGAAGAUGUUGCACAACUCAGGCAGCGCAGGGUCACAGCUCUCCCCCUCCAGGGAGAACGAGGCUGAUGGUUUCUCAGCGCUGGUCCAGUCUUCGGUUUUAGGAAAGGGUGUCAAACACAGACCUCCUCCUAUCAAACUGCCAGCCGGCUCAGCCUGCACCUCCUCAGGAAACCUGUACAGUACACAGGCCUCCAGCGGCCAUCUCAAGUGCCCGACUCCUCCACCCACGAAGAAUCAGUCGCUCUCCCGGAAACACUCCAUGGAGCUUGGCCUGCUGUCCCCUGCUGCUCUCUCGCCCAUGCAGAGAUCAGGUACUCCCAAGCCCUCUACGCCCACCCCCACCAACACGCCGUGUUCUACGCCACACCCUGCCGAUGUUCAGAGUGCCACGCCCUCAGUAACGCCCACCCCUCAGGACCCCACCCUUCCACAGCAACCUACCCUAAUGACUCCCUUCGCCCAGCAGCAGAUGGCCCUGCCCGUCAUGACUAUUCCCCUGCCCACGUCCAGUACCACAUCUUCACAGGUCAUGACCAACCCUGCAGGGCUGAACUUCAUCAAUGUGAUGGGCCAAGUUUGCAGUCCACAGACCCUGAUGAGUGGUUCUAACCCAAUGCUGGGUUGUAGUCCUGGGACUCUGGCGUCUGGUAUACCCCUGAGUGGACUUCUGCCCUCUGGUGGUCUUAUGUCUGGAGCUCUGCCUGCCAUGCAGCCUGCAGCUCCAGCAGCAGGUGGGCCUUUUGGCCUGAACAACAGCCCGGGACUGCGACCGCUUAACCUUCUUCAGCUCCCUACAGGACCACUGAUUUUUAACUCUCUACAGCAGCAGCAGUUGUCUCAGUUCUCCCCUCAACAGCAAAGCAGCCAGUCUGCCACAUCCAGCCCACAGCAGCAAGGGGAAUCAGCUGACUCGGGUCUGACGGCAGAACAGGGUCUGACCGCACAACAGACGGCAGUCAUCAAUCUCACCGGAGUGGGGGGAUUCAUGUCCCCUCAGGCAGCAGUGCUGUCCCAGCUGGGUUGUGGUCUGGAGGGGUCCGGGCCCAGCCUACCGUCCCCGAGGCUCCAGCAACAGCACCAGCCACAGAUCCAAUUGCAAUUCUUGCAGCACCAAAUGCAACAGCAGCAAAUGGGUAUGGCAGUGGGGGCAGCGGCACAGGCGGCGCUGCCACGGCAACAUUCCGCCAACCAGCCAAGAAGUAAGAGGAAACGCAGCACACCACAGCCCCUCCCCAAAUCAUGACCUACAGCCCCGCCCACUAACCCAUCAUGAGGACGUCAACAAACAGCACUGUGCUUGAUCGGCAGCAUUUUACGGACAGACUGUGGCUCAACCGGACUAAAGUUGAAUUUUUUUUUUUUUACGCUCAUAGGGGUGCAGGAAUUGCCCACCUGACCUCAGGCCGGACGAAUAGAUGUAUUACAGCGAGGACAUUUAGAGCAGAGGACCUUAGAGUAUUACCGUAUUUUUUAAAGAAAUACAAGAUAUGAAAUCAGACAAUUCUUCUUGUAGGGUUCUCUACGGCAUGCUGUCUUUAUUUUCCUUCCAAAUGGCCCUUUCAACGAGAGCCUGUUUGGCUCGAAAGGGUGGACCCUACGCACACUAAUAAGGGCCGUACAGAUGUGCCUAAAUCACCUGUUGCUCACCUUUACCGUUACGAGAAAUCAUUCUCUCUACUGCUGGAUGUCAGAGUGAUGGGCCGCCUUGUCCCAGCAUGCAAUUACAUGUGCGGUUUUUAUACGGCACAUUUUAAAAUGGCAUUUUGUUAUACUGAGAGGGGAGUUGAUGUAUAUUCUUAUGGAGAAAAAAAAAUCUAAACCAUGUGAGUGGAUGACAUUUCUGAACACUGAGGCAGAAUUUUUGUAAAUGAUCUUUGUCGGCAGUUUUAUUGUGAUAAAAAAGAAAGUAUAUAUUGACAGUGAAAAAUACAACUUUUAGAUAAAAA